AUGUAUCGCUACUUCGGGGAGCUGUUGAGCCGCUCGGCGGGCAGCGCGUUGGCCUCGGGCUGCUCGGACGCUGCUCUCCCAGCGUCCGCCUCCCUGCUGCGGGUACGCCGCUACGCCGACGCGGCGGUCGAGCAGCAGCCGGACGACCCCAACUUCUUCCGCAUGGUGGAAGGUUUUUUCGACCGCGGCGCCGCCAUCGUAGAGGACAAGCUAGUGGAGGACCUGCGCACCCGUGAGACCCCCGAGCAGAAGCGGCACCGCGUGAGAGGCAUCCUGCGCAUCAUUAAGCCGUGCAACCACGUCUUGAGCGUGUCCUUCCCCAUUAAGCGCGACAACGGGGAGUGGGAGGUGGUGGAGGGAUACCGCGCCCAGCAUAGCCAGCACCGGACACCCUGCAAGGGAGGUAUCCGUUACAGCACUGAUGUAUCAGUGGAUGAGGUGAAAGCUCUGGCUUCCUUGAUGACGUACAAAUGCGCCGUCGUAGACGUGCCGUUCGGAGGAGCCAAAGCUGGGGUCAAGAUCAACCCGAGGAAUUACUCUGACAAUGAGUUGGAGAAGAUCACAAGGAGAUUCACCAUCGAGCUAGCCAAGAAGGGCUUCAUUGGACCCGGCAUCGACGUUCCGGCUCCGGACAUGAGCACCGGCGAGCGGGAAAUGUCCUGGAUCGCUGACACCUAUGCCAACACUAUUGCGCACACGGACAUCAACGCGCAUGCCUGCGUGACAGGAAAACCAAUCAGCCAAGGUGGCAUCCACGGCCGUAUCUCGGCGACCGGUCGGGGAGUCUUCCAUGGCAUUGAGAACUUCAUUAACGAGGCUUCCUACAUGAGCAUGCUGGGAUUGACUCCCGGAUUCAAGGAUAAGACUUUCAUCGUGCAGGGCUUCGGUAAUGUGGGUCUGCACUCCAUGCGCUACCUGCACCGGUACGGCGCCAAGUGCGUGGGCGUUGGCGAGAUCGACGGCGCCAUCUACAACCCAGAAGGCAUCGACCCCAAGCAACUGGAGGACUACAAACUGCAACACGGCACCAUCGUGGGUUUCCCAGGGGCCAAACCCUAUGAGGGGAACAUUCUGGAAGCAGACUGCCACAUCUUAAUCCCAGCCGCUGGGGAGAAGCAGCUCAAGCGGGACAACGCCCCCAAAAUCAAGGCCAAGAUCAUUGCCGAGGGAGCCAACGGUCCCACCACCCCCGACGCCGACAAGGUCUUCCUGGCCAAUAACGUCAUGGUCAUCCCUGAUAUGUACCUGAACGCAGGCGGUGUGACAGUGUCAUAUUUCGAGUGGCUGAAAAAUCUCAACCACGUCAGCUAUGGACGCCUGACCUUCAAAUAUGAGCGGGACUCCAACUACCAUCUGCUCAUGUCCGUCCAAGAGAGUCUGGAGAGGAAAUUUGGCAAGCAAGGAGGACCCAUCCCUAUUGUGCCCACUGCUGACUUCCAGGCCAGAGUUGCUGGUGCCUCCGAGAAGGACAUCGUUCACUCCGGUUUGGCGUACACAAUGGAGAGAUCUGCCCGGCAAAUCAUGCGCACGGCGAGCAAAUACAACUUGGGUCUCGACUUGCGGACGGCCGCCUACGUCAAUGCCAUCGAGAAGGUGUUCAAGGUGUACAAUGAGGCCGGGCUCACGUUCACAUAA